AUGGCAGACGAGGCGGGGAUGCUCGAGCUGCCCUUUGUCCGUGAUGACCAGCUCACCCGCUGCAUGCGGCUGCGAUUCCAGAGCCUGCAGCAAAAAAACAUGAGGCCCCAGGAUGGUGAGAAGCUGCUGCGUCCCAACGAGCACGUUUACCGAGUGGAUUUCAUCCGGCAGCACAACCUGCGCUUCCUCCGCUGGGACAUCCAGCUGGAGAAACCUGGGAAGGUCACAGUGACCGGCACCUCCCAGCACUGGACUCCUGAUCUCACCCACCUUAUGAACCGGCAGCUGCUGGAGCCAGUGGGCAUCUUCUGGAAGAAGCCAGGGGCCGAGGAGGUAGAGUGCAAUGGGGCAGAUGCCCAGGAAUUUGGGGAGCGGAUAGCGGAGUUAGCCCAGAUCCGCAAGGUGAUGUAUUUCCUCCUCGCUUUCACUGACGGCCUUGAACCAGCUCAGCUGAAGGGCUCCAUUGUUUUUAAAGCCUGA